AUGACUAGCCCGUGGCCAUUCGCCCAAUGGGGACUCGAUCUCAUUGGCCCAAUGCCGCAAGGCACGGGUCAGCUUAAAUUAGCAGUUGUAGUCGUCGAUUACUUCACCAAAUGGACUGAGGUUGAAGCCCUCACAACAAUAACGGCAGCUAAGAUCGAACACUUUGUAUGGAAGAACAUCCUAUGCCGAUUCGGCCUACCAAACGUCAUCGUAACGGACAACGGCAAGCAAUUCGACUACUCACGGUUUCGGCAUCUCCGCUCCCGAUUCAACAUCAGCAUCUUCUUUGCAUCUCCGGCACAUCCACAAUCCAAUGGGCAGGUAGAAGCCAUCAACAAGAUCAUCAAGAAAACAUUGAAGAAGAAGCUGGGAGCCGCCAAGGGCAAUUGGCCUGCCAUACUACCAGAAGCACUAUGGGCCAUCAAUACCUCCUACCGAAGGUCAACUGGUGAGACACCGUUCUCCCUAGCCUUCGGUACCGAAGCUGUCGUACCAGUAGAAGUACAUGCGCCCACAUGCCGAACGCCAUCUUACAACCCUCAAAAGAAUGAACAGCAGCUCGCCCUCAAUCUGGAUCUCAUUGACGAACACCGAUCGCAAGCACAGCUCCAGAAUGCUACCUACAAACAACGAACGGCUCGGUAUUACGACUCGCACGCACUCUCGGCCCCUCAUGGGAAGGACCCUAUGAAAUUGUCAGCAUCUGCUGACCCGGCAAAUACCGAUUACGUGGCUCCGACUGUCAAACCCUCGGCCACCCUUGGAAUGUCGAACAUUUAA